UGAUGAUCGGUGUGUUGGUGGAGAAAGAACCUGCUGCUGCUGCUGCUGCUGCUGGAAGUUUCCACAGAAAUGACUGAGUGUGACCUUUUCCUGGGGACACGGAUCAGCUGAUGACUCCAACACCGGCUGCCAUUUUCAGGUCAUCUGGAUAAACUUGUGAGUGUGUGAGUGAGUGAGUGAGUGUGAGAGUGUGAGUGUGUGUGUUGUGUGAAGAGAAGCCGCUCUGUGGGAUGGGGGAAGCGCUUUGUCCUGAACUGUGAUCAUGAUGACUGAUGGAUGCUGCAGAGGGAUGGAGAGAGGCCGGGGGAAGGCGGCAGCUGAGCCGCUGCACAGAGCCGCGUACCCACCGCCUCCUCCGCCGCCGCCGCAGCAGCAGCAACAGCAGUAUGUGCAGAGCGCGGUAGCAGCAGCGGCAGCCGCGCAGCAGCAGCAGCAGCAGCAGGGCGCAGACAUCCAGGAGCUGGCCUCCAAGCGCGUCGACAUCCAGAAGAAACGCUUCUACCUGGACGUGAAGCAGAGCGUCCGCGGCCGCUUCCUGAAGAUCGCGGAGGUGUGGAUCGGCCGAGGCCGCCACGACAACAUCAGGAAGAGCAAGCUGACGCUGUCCAUGGCAAUGGCGCCCGCGCUGCGCUACUGCCUGGGAGACUUUAUAGAUUAUUACGCCCGGAUCGGGCUACGCGGCGGUUUGGCGCCGCAGCCUCAGCCCGAGGACCACAGCGGCGGCAGCGGCAACGGCCAGGGCCGCGCGCACCGGAGAGCGCAGGAGCAGCAGAGCGCCACCGCGCUGUCGCCCACCGGCUCUGCCGCGUCCGACGACCACGCGCACCGCGUCCUCAAAAGCGAGUUCAUAGAGCGCGACAACAGAAAGUACUUCCUGGACCUGAAGGAGAACCAGCGCGGCCGCUUCCUGCGCAUCCGGCAGACCGUCAGCAAGGGCCACGGAACCAUGGGCUACUAUGGUCAGGGCAUCGAGCAGACCAUCGUGCUGCCCGCGCAGGGACUCAUCGAGUUCCGGGACGCGCUGUCGCAGCUCAUUGAGGACUACGGCGACGACGACGGCGACGAGCGCGGCCGAACCGGGUCUCGGAACCACGGCGGCGACAGCGAGAGCCCAGAGCUCCCCGAGGCCGCGUCCUUCCGCGUGGACAACAAGAGGUUCUACUUCGACGUGGGCUCCAACCGAUACGGUGUCUUCCUGAAGAUCAGCGAAGUGCGGCAGCCGUACAGGAACACCAUCACCGUGCCGCUGAAGGCCUGGGCCCGGUUCGGGGAGAACUUCAUCAGGUACGAGGAGGAGAUGCGGCGGAUUUUCACGUGUCACAAAGAGAAGAGGACAGACGCGCGGCGGGACAGCGACGAACAAGAGGACUGACAAGGACAUGGAAGUCCCGCCAUGUCUCUGUCCCAGUGACCACCAAGGGCUGGUAACGACUGACCCUAACCUGCCAAGAACCCAUUCAUCCAUCCAUCCAUCCAUUUAUACAUCCAGUCGUCUCAGUGCUUUUUACUGCACUUUAGCCUCUUGACCAGGGCCAGUCCAAGAAUAUUUAGGGGCCCCUGAACAACCACCAAUGAAAUAUGAUCUGUUUAAAUAGUUUUCACACUUUAUGAUUUUCGGGCCACACGGUGGUGUAGUGGUUAGCACUCUCGCCUUGCAGCGAGAAG